UUAAUUAAAACGCCGGCCAAACAUAGUAAAGUAAACAACUAUUAACAUUAACAUUUAAUAACACAAACCUCCAUUUAGGACUUACUGGCGUCUUUCUCUUUUUCAUUGCUUUGACCAACAUGAACGACUUGCUUACGGACUCGUUUGUUGGCGAUGCCAAAGGCCAGCCUUCCAGAGAUAAUGAUAUCGAAAUGGGAAUGCAAGUUCCGAGGAGUAAUUCUGAUAUGGGAAUGGAGGCUUUCAAUAAGCAGAUGCAAGAGGUUGAAAAACAGGUUGACAAGCUCUCUGGCCUGCUUAAGAAACUGAAGGAUGCAAAUGAGGAGUCAAAGUCCGUAACAAAAGCAUCUGCAAUGAAAGCUAUCAAGAAGCGAAUGGAGAAAGAUAUCGAUGAAGUGGGAAAGAUUGCACGAAAUGUCAAAGCAAAACUAGAAGCAAUAAACAGAGAGAACUUGGCUAAUCGGCAGAAACCUGGGUGUGAAAAGGGAACAAGUGUUGACAGAUCGAGGAUGAAUGUCACAAAUGCCUUGACCAAGAAGUUCAAGGAAAUACUGACAGAGUUUCAGACACUAAGACAAAGGAUCCAAGACGAGUAUCGUGAGGUUGUGGAGAGAAGGGUCAUUACAGUGACGGGAUCCAGACCAGACGAAGAGACAAUUGACAACCUGAUCGAAACUGGAAAUAGUGAGCAAAUCUUCCAGAAGGCAAUUCAAGAGCAAGGACGAGGACAGGUUCUGAAUACAUUGGAAGAAAUCCAGGAGAGACAUGAUGCUGUCAAGGAAAUUGAGAAAAAGCUUCUUGAUUUGCAGCAGGUUUACCUUGAUAUGGCGGUAUUAGUUGAGGCUCAAGGAGAGAUUUUAGACAACAUUGAAAGCCAGGUUGCAAAUGCAGUCAGUAGCGUCCAAUCAGGGACAAGUGCACUUCAAAAUGCAAAGAGACUCCAGAAGAAUUCCCGAAAAUGGAUGUGCAUUGCCAUUCUAAUUCUCCUGAUUAUAGUAGCUGUUAUAGUUGUUGGUGUCCUGAAACCAUGGAAGAGUGGCAAUGCUUGAAUGCCCCUUCUGUUGCUUGACUAUAUGAUACUAGUAAUUAGUUGGGAAGUGUUUGUCUUACUAGUGUGCCAAAACCUCUUCGAUGUGGUUUUCUUUCUUUGCUUUUUCUUUUUAAUUUUUUUUUUUAUAUUUUCGUUUUUUGGGGUAAGAUUUGGUUUCUUGGUGGUGGUGUGGUUUAAUUUAGGGUUUUGGAACACUUAUAUUUCCCUCAAUGAAAAAUUUCUGCCGAAGCUUUUUAUUUGA